AAUAUUCAAUUGAUUUUAAUGGAACUCUUUUCAAAUCACCUCAGCCGAACACACAAAUAUGGGAUGAUGAAUUCAUGGAUAACACCGUUGUCAAAAAUUGGUGCCAAGAUGAAAAGUCCCUAGGUAUCGAUGAAGAUCCUAUACUUUCUGGCCGGUGGAGCGUUGAUGAACUUAGAUAUGUGCAUGAAUCGAUGCCGGAACAAAACUCUCUAAACGUUUUAUUAAGUGGAUGUAACUUCCUCGAAUUUCAUGAAGUAUUAACCAAAAUAGUAGAAAAUAAAGGGCAGAUAGAUCAUGAAAGACUAAAAAAUGAGAUGAAAUCCCGGUGUUUAAAACCGUUAGCCAGUUCAAAAUAA